AUGGGACCUUUCCCCGAUCCGCCGCCGAAGGUGCCGGAUGUCCCUCCACCGUGGUCCACCCCCACGCCGCCGCCUGUUCAGUCUGCCCCUACUGCAACUGCAAGGGCACCGUCACCACAACGGAGACCAGAUCCUGUCGGCGCCAGCGCCUGGUCGGGGUAUCAGCCAAAUGUGGCAGCAGCGCCGUUCGAGCAACGUCUGGGAAGGUCGCAGUCUUAUGCAGACCGAGGCAAUUUCGCCCGUCGUGAGGCCUCAGUGCCGGCCAAAUUUCAACACAUCCCUUGUCAUUUAGAGGAAGCCGUGAGUGAAAUGCUUCCCGAUUUGAAAUAUCCAAGACACGAUGGAACCUGGGAUGGCCUUUUCGUGGACUGCACCUUCGGAAGAGGGGGACACACGCGGAAGAUCUUGGAACGGCUGUCGCCUUCGGCGAGGCUCAUCGCCUUCGAUGUCGAUCCAGAGGCAGUCAAAGAAGCCCGGAAGCUUGAGCAGCAGGAUCCAAGAUUUCACAUAGCACACCGCCCUUUUUCGGAGCUGCGCCAGGAACUUGCGGGCCGCAGGAUUGAUGGGAUCAUGAUGGAUCUCGGCGUGUCAAGCCCACAGCUUGACGACCGAGCCCGCGGAUUCAGUGUCACCCAGGAUGCCGACUUGGACCUCCGGAUGAACCAGGACGUGGGGAUCCCCGCUUGGCAAUGGCUCAGGCAGACAUCUACGGAGGAGAUUGCAUGGGUGAUCCGCGAAUAUGGUGAAGAUGGCGAUCCCAUCAUUAGCGAUCGGAUUGCCUACGCCAUCAAAAGAAGGAUCGCCAGUGGACUGGAAGUGCGGACAACAAGGCACCUCGCUGAGCUGGUUCGCAGGGUCAAGAAUAACUGGGAUGACCGCGGCCAGCAUCCAGCGAAGCUGACUUUCCAGGCGAUCCGCGUCCACCUGAACCAGGAGAUGCAGCAGCUUGAUGAUGUGAUGGAUGCAGCCAUGGAGAGUUUGGUUGAUGGCGGCAAGUGCGCCAUCAUAGUCUUCAAGAAGAAGGAGACCGAUGCUGUCGUAUCCUUCGUGCGGCGUCAUGAAGAGCCCUACCAAACAAAUGGCUAUUUGGAUGGCUUGAGUAGGUCCCGCAUGCUAGAGCUUUUCCCCGGCAUGGAAAGCGACAAGAACUGGUGCGUGGAAAUCACGCGAGAUGCUAUGAAGCCGCGUGAAGUAGAUCGUCAGGAGAAUCCACGCACAAGGUCUGCGGUGGUUCUUACUCUCCGGAAGCGAGACAGGGUCGUGAAACAAUUGGAAGGCGUCUCCGUGCGUCCAAACUCCGAGCGAUUCAAGAAGCCUACGCAAAAGCCAAUCUUUGCAGGGACGGACAGCUAUGUCAGCAACGGUGUAGGGCACUCUCGCAAGGAAGAUGUGCCGCCACCGACCGGCGACUGGCUUCAACCCGAGCCAGGCUCCCGCACUCCGCCUGCGCCAAAGCCAUCAGCCUUCCCUCCUGCACGCGCUGCAGGUCACGAGGCCGGCAUCAAUGGCACAAGAGCCUCCACCUUUCCAGGACCAGCUGCGGCGCCCUGUGGCAGCGAGCCCAGGAAUGUCGUUGAAAGGCCACCAAGCAAGUUCCCACCGGCGACGGGGGUCCCUCAAGCGCAGGCAAACGGAACUUCAGGUCCUCCGCAGGCAAACGGCGCGCCUCCAGUGCCGCCGGCGCAGCAGGCCAACGGCGUAGGCCCUGAGGCACCAACCGCACCCGCGCCAGCACCGGCGCCGGCACCGGGGUCUUGGGUUGCUCCCACGCAAACGUCUGCUCCGACACCUGUGCCUGCCCCAACACCUGCACCAGCGCCGGCACCAGCUCCAGCAGCAUGGGUUGCAUCAGCACCGCGGGUUGCGACAGCACCUGCCCCAGCACCACCUGCUCCUGCCCCAGUGCCUGCAGCCGCGCCUGCUGCACCAACCCCAGCACCUGCGCAAGCACAGGCACCAGCGCCGGCACCAGCCCCUGCACCAGCGCCAGCACCUGCACCGGCACCAGCCUCUGCAGCACCAGUGCCGACCCCUGCACCAGCACCAGCCCCUCCAGCACCAGCACCAACCCCUUCGCCAGCGCCAGCGCCGACCCCGUCACCAGCGCCAGCUGCCACCGCAGCAACCCCAGCACCUGCACCAGCACCUGCACCAGCACCUGCACCAGCACCUGCACCAGCACCUUCACCUGCAGCAGCGCCUGCACCAGCACCUGCACCAGCACCUGCGCCAGCGCCAGCGGAAGCGCCAGCAUCCAGCAAUCCUGGGACAGCUGAUGCCAAGGCGACCAUGCCCCAGAAGCAGCCCAGCGAGGAGCCUGCAGCUCCGAGAGCGGGGUCAGCGCCUUCGCGGCCUUCAGACGCUCCACGAGCAGAAGAUUCUGAAGAAAACCGGCCUCCUCCUCCAGAUUUGAAGGAGCUCAAAGUGAGGUUCAUGGAUGGCACCAGCGUGCCAGUGCAGAGCCUGGAAGAAUGCCGUGUCCUGGAAGAUUUGGCUCCGGAUGAGAUCUCUUGCAGGAAAGGAGCUACACUCUGCAUUCUCCGGGCAGAUGAGAAAGAAUUUCCCUGGGCCUUCGGGGUGGAGCCGAGAGGCCGGCUGACUGGCUGGUUCCGGUUGAGCAAGGUCAACAGGUUCUGCGACAUCUAA